AUGGCAACUCCCAUCGAUCGUUCUCGUGCGGCAACACCGUCACUGCCUCAUCAGCCAACUCAGCUCGAACUCCUGCGCGAGGCUUCCGUCGGUGUAGCACAUCUGCUCAACGAUGACAUCGAAGCCGCCAAGACCACCUUGGCCGCACAGCCUGAAUGCCCAUACCAUCUCACUGGGCUCGGCAUCACCCGCUUCAUGGAGGCAUCGCUCGGUAUGGAGACGCAAGAGCUAGCUGUAGCAAUGACGACGCUCUUCAAAGCUGAAUCCGUGUCCAAAGCGGCCAAGACGGUCAAGACAGAUCAGGUCAGGUGGUGGCAUGCGGAUGUCGAGCACGACAUACUCAUUGCGGACGCUGUCAUCGGACAAGCCAUCAUACAUAUCUUGUCAGGCAGCUACCUAGACUUUGUCAAGGCAGCGUACAAACUCCAACGGUGUCACUCGCUAUUCGAAAAGUCAUUCAAGCAAAUCUAUCCAGAUACUGUGACGGACAAGGACAGUGCAGCAACAAUCAACCGCGUGCUCGAAGACAAGUACGCGACCGCCGCAGACGCGCGAGCAAAAGGCGCGCCGACAAUGAGCCGGCAGUCAUCCAGCUGGAGCCUCUUCAAGCGUUCCGAGUCGGCCGCGUCCACGCCAAAUAGCGUCAAAAAUGGCAAAGUGCCCGCAAAAGACCUGCAAAAAAGUCUAGCUCAACUCAAGCUAGGCUCGAGUGCGAGCGUCGACAAGAUACAAACGCCCACAGCGGGAACGAUAUGGCAAGAUGAGAUGGCUUCUCUCGUCAUUUCGGGCGCAUUGUUCGGACAUGGACUGUUUGAGCUCGUCUUUGCACUCCUCCCGCCCAAAGUACGCAAAGUUACCUCGUUCGUGGGCUUUUCGAACGGCAAUCGGCGCAAGGCACUUACCUUGCUCGAAGUACCCGCGAUACAAGGGAGUGACAUUCACGCUUCCUUCGCUUCGCUGGCGCUCCUGACAUAUCACGGUCUGGUACUCCUCAUGUCGGGCUGGCAAGCUCAGGAAGCCGAACUCAUCGACCAGUGCUCCACCAUCUUAUCGCGUGUCGAACAGCGCUUCCCGGAAGGCACUCUGUGGCUGCUCAAUCGAGCAAAGAUUUUACGGAUGAAAGGCCAAGUCGAGGAAGCCAUUAAAGUCUUGCAAGACGCUCGUAAUUCGUCUUUCAAGCAGGCGGAAUCAAUUGUCUGGUUCGAGCUAUGCUGGUGCUGGCUCAGCAUGAAUCGAUGGGAAGAAGCAGCGCACGCUUUCUCGGAGAUGACUCGAUUGUCAGCUUGGUCGCACGGCACGUACACGUUUACUCGGCUCGGCUGCUAUUUACAGCUAGAGCACACGCCCGAGAACAUUGCGAGGGUCAAGAAAUGCAUCGAGGAAGAACUACCGCAACAGAUCGGGAAAAAGAAAAUUAUGGGCAGCACGGCACCCAUCGAGCAAUUCAUUCUAUCUCGACUCGGAUUCUGGCAGAGAAAGCUAGAUCGGGCGCACGCUCGCGGUCGGAAAGAUGUCGAGCUAUGGCAGAUCAUCAAGAUCAAUCCUGCGCUCGAGAUUGCAAUCCAGUGGAAUGGCAUCCCACGAGCGCCGGCAAAGCAGCAACAAGAGACGAUAGACAGUCUGCUUGCGCUAUCGCCACCGAUUGAUGCAGAUUGGAAGACCGUGCAUGCAGAUGCUGAUCUGGACACUAUCGAGGAGCUCGCCAUUCGUGCUCUUCUACUCGGGAUCUCGUAUCGCUCGCUAGGCAAGCUCGAAGAAGGCAGGAAGCAUCUCCACGCCGCGAGCCAAGUUGCUGUAGAGUUACCCACAUGCUACGCUGCGCCGGCAGCUAAACUCGAGCUCGGCAUCUUGCUCUGUGUGGAAGCGGACCGCAAUGCAAAGGGCAAGUCGAAAGAAGAGGCGCGACCGAUCUACAAAGCAGCUUUCGCAGACGCAAACAGGCUCUUUGAGUCUGCUCUCGCUGCAUCUUUUGAUAUGGAUAGUCGGCUCGCAAGCCGCAUAACGAUGUUACGGGUAGAAAUGGACGACAAAAAAGCGCAACUUGCAAUAUAG